AAACAAUUUGGCCAAAAGACUUGUAAGCCUGCCAACGCAUCAAGGUAAACUUUUCAGCAGGGGUCUAACUAACCUGAUUUAACCUAAUCUAAACAAAUCUAUCUUAAGCUAACCUAUAGCCAUGUAGCAACAUUCUCCACCACUUAUUUACUAAAGAAAAAUAUCUAACAUCUGCAGCAUAACAGGAAUACACGCUUAACCAUGUUAAUAGCUCACUACAUUGACCACAGUUGCUGUGCUCCAAGCUCAAAUACAUGGAUCAACUCCAUAAUUUUGAUAAUUAUACUAGAUUUUACUAUUUUACUCAUUAAAACAAGCAUAAUCCUACUUUCUUCCUAAACAUUCUAGAUCUGGGGCAUCAAACACUCUUCCCGUGGGCCGGAACUGGUCCGAUUAAAGGUCUGAUCCGGCCUGCCAGAGAUUUUGAAUAUGAACACAUUGGACUGGAAAAUCCUUCAAAAAAACGUCGGUCCUGUAGGGGGUGUGUCAUGCCAAAACUCUUCCACCAUCUGAAUUCUUUCUUCCUGUGAAGUAUUGCUCAGCUGCUAGGCCCAAGACACAAUUAUGAUGAUGUAAUUUCAAAGCACUCUAUAAGUUUCAGGUUCACCGUUGCCACGGCAGCAUGAGUUAACAUCAAUAAAAUGCUAUUACAGAUGUUUUGCAAAAGUGUGUUUUUAUUAUUAUUAAGAAAUCAUUUAUAUUUAACUUGAUACUACAACCAGCAUGUUUCAUUAGAUUGUCUAUUUAGCUCCAUAGCGACAUGUUUUAUUUGCUAUUACUUCAUUUUUAAAGGUGUGUUUUUAUCAAUAAAAAAAUCAGUUAACGUUUAACUUGAUAGCAUAAACAACAUAUCUUGUUAGUUUAUGAAUGAAUAUUUAGAUCGAUAGCGGCAUGUUUUCUUAACCGGUAAGUAGGGCUGGGUAUCGAGUUCGAUACUUUUUAAGCACCGACCGAAUCGUCUCGAUACUAUCGAGUAUCGAAAAAAUCAUUUUCGUUCGGUACCAAAUUUCGAUACCUAAGGGUAUAAUCUUGUCAACGUCAGUGAGCUAGAAAACGUGCGGCAUCCUUAGGCUAUGUUCACACUUGGUGUCUUUUUUCAAACUGCCAGCGUCUGCUUCACAUUAUAACCCUAUGGAGUAAUCCGUUUUUUCAAAAAAGUCCUGACCGCUUUUUUAAACGCCACCGCCGGCGUCUCUUACUGCAGCUCAGAGCGUCUUUUCAAGUUGAAAAAAGUUCAACGUUUCUGAAAAGAACGCCCUACGUCAAGCAUCUAUUUGACAGCUGACCAAUGACAAGCGAGUAGCGAGACCUGUCAUUUCGAUAACAAGAAAAAAUGGAGACUUGCCGGUAGAUAAACUGAACCGACAUUCUCCUCCCCGUAACUUCAAGAGUCAACUUUCUCUUUCUCGACAUUUUUGCAUCACACAGCACUAGGCUACUAUUGCAGCUGUUGUUAUAGCAACAAAAGACGCGCUCAGCUGCUAUUUGUAACCAUACGCUGCCAGCUUUUUUUUUGCUAAAAAAGCGCCAUUAGCGUCUUUUUUGACAAGAAAAAGCUGAUAAGUGUGAACACUCCCCUAACGUGCCCGGAUCAAAUGCUGGUGAUUGGCUGCUGCGAGGCUGCCUUGAAAAUCAAUAGUUUACGGCGGUUACGCCCACUCGCCCAGAGCUUGUCUAAUGUGAGGCUGUAAAGUAUACUACACUUUAAAGCAUAGCAUAAAUUUAACGCAAACGAUGUUUAAGUGAUCAAAAGUAUGGCUACAUUAUGCUAAGAUUGACGGUAACAGCGUGCGAUGCAAUAUUUGUAAAAAGGUUAUCGCGUCCAAGACUGGCAACACGUCAAAUAUGAUAAAACACCUGACAGUACACGGAAUUAAUUUACGAGCAGAAAGUUGCUCCGUGUUUGACUGCAAGAAGAUCACGCCAGUGCAGUCAUCAUCAUCCUUUCAGUAUUUUCCUGACUCAGGGCCUCCAUAAAAUGCCCACCACAAGCGUCGUCCUCCGUGACUGAUGAGGAUAACGGCGCGAUGGCUGGGGCUCCGACAGGUAAACAGACAUACAAAAUCAGCUAACUUUUAGCUUGUGCACCGUUAAAGUUAAGUUUAAGUUUGUGCGGGGUCAAUUUAUUAAUCCUUUUUCGGACCUAACGUACGCUGUGUAACAUUAUGUACUGUUUCGAUGACUUUAAAUACCUAGCUAAGUUGAUACUAAAAUGCUUUAAGGUUAAAAGUAAAUGAUGAAGUUUACCUCACAUUAAACUUAUCUUAUUUAAAUGUCCUUAUCCUUGGCUGCAUUAACAGUUUAGCUUUCAUGUUUUCUUCACAUUAAUGUUAUAGUCUCUGCUCGUGCUGACCCUGGAAUUAGGAGACCAUCAAGUGAUAAUCCAUUUACACUGGCAGAAAAAGUAAAAAUGAACAAAGAAAGGAAAGAUGAAUGCCACAGGGCCGUUACAAAUUUUAUUGUUAAAGGUUUACUGCCUUUUUCUACUGUGGAGGCUUCAUGGUGGCGGUAAGUACAGUAAGCUGUAAAUUAUGUUGUAAUAUUACCAUUAAGGCUGUUGGCCAGGUUUGUAGGUCUUAACCUAGAUAAUUUUUAAAACUUUUUAUAGUAAGCAACAAUUAUAAAAUAAUGGUAAUUUUACUUUUUUUGUGUUUGAUGAUGUCAACUAUAGGGAGAUGAUAAGCACCUUAAACCCCAGAUAUCAGUCCCCCAGCCGAGACAUGCUCUCAAAUACCCUCAUACCUGCAUGUUAUGCAGUUGCAAAAGAAAAUGUCAAGAAAGAGUUGCAAGAUGUGAGGGAUGUGGCUGUGACUGCUGAUGGCUGGACCAGCAUUGCACAGGACCACUACCUGACAGUGUCAGUUCACUAUGUGAGAGAGGGUUCCAUGAAAGAGAAGGUCCUACAUACAAGGGCGGUAUACACAUCCCAGACAGGGGACAUUGUAGCAGAAGAGAUAGGAGAUAUUCUUGAUGAAUUUAAUAUAAAGGACAGAGUAGUUGCUGUGACAGUGGACAAUGCAGCAAACAUGGAUGUAGCAGUAAAAAAGAUGAGUAUUAAAAAAAUUUGCUGCUUUGCUCACACUCUCAAUAUUGCUGCUCAAAAGCUUUACACAAUUACCUCAGUCUCACAGUGGGCAGGAAGGAUCAGAGCAAUGGUGGUGUGGCUGAAAAGAUCCAGCCUGGCUAAACCUGUCCUUAGAGAGAAGCAGCGUCUUCUUGGUAGGUAGAAAUCAGAAUAGAUGAACCUUAGUGCAAAACUCUUUGGCCAAAUAGUUAUUAAAAAUCCUUUGCUAAAUCAUGCAGUAAAACAUUUCUGCAAAUAAACAGCCACUUUGAUAACCACACACACACACACACACAAACAUGAAUUUCUCUUUCUCACUUUAGGUCUUCCAGAACAUGCGGUCAUCCUUGAUGUGAAAACAAGGUGGAAUAGCUUAUUCCUCACGGUGGAGCGAUUCCUGGAGCAGUUCCCUGCCAUCCAGGCCACCUCCAUGGACCAUCGUCUUAAGAAAUUAAUGGACAAGGACAGGCAAAAACAGUUCUUAUUCUAAAUGCCAUUUUCAGUGUGAACGAUUUUGCUCAUAAAUCUAUAGUCCAGCUAAUGAAUGUGAUUAUAUUUUACAGACUGCAGAGAGUUUCUGGUGAGGAUUUUAGAAAAGCAGAAGAGUUUGUCAAAGUUACAAAGAUACUUUACACUUCAACCCUCUGCGUCUCUGCUGAAAGGAGCCCAACUUUGGGUCAGAUUCUGCCUAUCUUAAAUAAACUCCAGCACCACUUCACAGUGAAUAAAGAGGACUCCUCCUUCACAAAGACCAUCAAGGACACUCUCUGGAAUGACCUCUCAAAAAGAUACCAGGAUGGCAAUAUCAGACAGUUUUUGGAGGAGGGCACAGCCUUAGAUCCCAGAUUCAAGUCAAAAGUGACAAAUGAAGUGUGGACCAGACUGGAGGAGGAGCUAAUGAAAAGGACCUCAGAACAGACUCCAACUGAGCAGAUAGAACAGGCACUUGAAGAGAGUAACCAAGAUGACAGCUCUGAUGAAGACAGUGCAUCUGCAACAACAGCACUGAAGAGGCCAAAGCUUUCUGCCCUUGAGGAGCUGUUUGCUGUGGAGGACAUGGCUGUUGAAGCAAGAAUGCAGACCACUGUCAGCAGCACUACAGAGAGGAUUCAGGCAGAGAUAAAUAAGUACAGACUGCUUCCGUCUACACUGUCCUCAGUAAGUCCAGUAACCUGGUGGUGGGACAUGAAGGAUACUCUGCCAAUGCUCUCAGAAUUGGCAUCAAGGUAUCUUUGCGUGCAAGCGUCAUCCACACCCUCAGAGCGUACAUUUUCCACUGCUGGGGACAUUAUCAGCCAGGAGUGGGCUUGACUGUCUCCUGAAAAAGCAGACAUGCUAAUUUUUCUGAAGAAGAACUGUUGAGUGAUUUCAGGUGAUCUUAAAAGGUUAGUUCACCAAAAAAAUGAAAAUUCUGUCACUAAUUACUCACCCUAAUGUUGUUCCAAACCCAUAAGACCUUUGUUUGUUUAUCUUCAGAACACAAAUGGCGAUAAUUUGGAUUUAAUCCAAGAGCUUUCUGAUCCUCCCAUAGAUUUACUGGAUAUGCAGUUUUCAAUGCCCAGAAAGGAACCAAAAACAUAGUCAAAAUAAGUCCAUGUGAUAUAAGUGGUUCAAUCAUAAAUAUAUGAAGCUGCGAGAAUACUUCUGUGUGCAAAGUGAACAAAAAUAACUGUAUUCAACAAUUUAUCUAUGGGAGGAUCAGAAAGCUCUUGGAUUAAAUCCAAAAUAUCUUCAUUUGUAGAUAAUUAAUGACAGAAUUUUAAUUUUUGGGUGAACUAAACCUUUAAGCAGCAGUGAGCCUCACAAAUACUUAAAAUUGAUUGACUUAAAAUGGCUUGAACUUUAUUAAAACGGUUUGCAGUGAUAUAUUGUGCUAAUCACACUUUGUUCAUUUUGUGCUUUCGUUCCUUUGUUUAUUGGUCUUAGAGAUAAGCCUGCUGUGAAAAGUGUCACAAACAUCCUGAAAAAAUAAAACCAAAGUUUCUCUGA